AGGAGUUUAUAACUGGCCGGGACAGCCCCACCUCCUUUCUGCUUUCUCUCCCUUCCCUUCCCUUUCUUUUCCCCUUUUUUUUCCCCCCUUUCUCUGCUCUUUUCCAGCCCAGCUGCCGCUUCGCACCCGGCCGCCCUCCCACCCCUGCCCGAACCCCCAUGCCGGCAGCACCGAGCUCUGCCCGCUGCCGCCUCGGUUUUGCUCCACCGACCGCCGAAGCCCGGCGAGCCGCGAGCCGCCGGCAUGGGGCCUGCUGAGGAGCUGGUCCGGAUUGCCAAGAAAUUGGAUAAGAUGGUGGCCAGGAAGAGCACGGGCCCCCGUGGCUUCUCCCCACCCUAGGAAGGGGCUCUGGAUCUGCUCAAGUCCCUCACAGGCUACACCAUGACCAUCCAGCUGCUCCAGACCACGCGGAUCGGGGUGGCCGUCAACUCGGUGCGGAAACACUGCUCGGAUGAAGAGGUGGUGGCCUCGGCUAAAAUCCUCAUCAAGAACUGGAAGCGGCUGCUGGAGUCCUCCACCACCCCGAAGAAGGAGAAGGACGUGGAUGGGAAGAAGGAGAAGGACACGGAUGGGGAGAAGGAGAAGAAAGAGAAGGGGCUGGAUUUUCCCAGCUGCCCCAACGAAGGGGCAAAGCACCCCAAGAGCUCGGCUGAGAAGCACAGGGAGAAGCACAAGGAGAGGAAGCCCAGCAAGUCCGGCUCUCGUGCCGUCACCCCCCGGGGCCACCCUGCCGACUCCAUCUCGGAGAGAGAGUCCGGUGAUGGCCGGAGCCCCACUGCGUCCUCGAAGAAGUCACCUCUGGAUGGCAAGAAAGAGAGGAGAGACUCUGCUGACUCAAGGUCCUCCACCACCUCGGCCGUCUCCUCCUCUUCCUCCCCGCAGAAGAGACCAUCAGCGGAGAGGAGAGCCUCUGUGGGCACCAGCCCCUCGCCAGCUCCCACCGGCUCUCGGAGAAACUCCAGCGACAGCAAGGAGGAAAGAGCCAACAGCAGCAAGGCCAAGCCAGAGACGCCGCGGACCCCCACCAGCCCCCCCUUCUCGCCCAGCCCCUGCCUCCUGGCCCCCUGCUAUCUCACGGGGGACUCAGUGCGGGACAAGUGCAUCGAGAUGCUGACGGCCGCCCUCCGCAUGGAUGAUGACUACAAGGAGUUUGGUGUCAACUGUGAGAAGAUGGCAUCGGAGAUCGAAGACCAUAUCUUCCAGGAGCUGAAGAGCACGGACAUGAAGUAUCGCAACCGGGUGCGGAGCAGGAUCAGCAACCUGAAGGACCCCAAGAACCCCAGCCUGCGGAGGAACGUGCUGUGCGGGGCCAUCCUGCCCAGCCUCAUCGCCCGCAUGACCGCCGAGGAGAUGGCCAGCGAUGAGCUGAAGGAGCUGAGGAACGCCAUGACCCAGGAGGCCAUCCGGGAGCACCAGAUGGCCAAGACGGGUGGCACCGUCACCGACCUCUUCCAGUGCGGCAAGUGCAAGAAGAAGAACUGCACGUACAACCAGGUGCAGACACGCAGCGCCGACGAGCCCAUGACGACAUUUGUGCUGUGCAACGAAUGCGGGAACCGCUGGAAGUUCUGCUGAUGGUGCCCAGUGACGGGGCUGGAGGGAACGUGGUGUGAGACGGGAUGCUGUGACGGCCACAUCGGGCAGCCGGGAUGGGGAGGGAGGGUGAUGGGGCAGUGCCGGUCCCUACGCCCCGGCUCCCUGUUUCCUUGCACUGGGCUCCCUCAAAUGUCCCGGGGAGCCAGGCUCCGGCAACAGGCGGGUUUGCUUGAGAAGACCCUGGUGAAUUCAAGCGGUUCCUCCCUGUAAAUACUUGCCCUUUGCUUGGGGUGUGCUGAGAGCCCACUGGGAACAGAGACAUCUGUGGAAAGGGAGACUGGUCUGACCUGGGCAGCUUGCCCUUCCCUGGGGGAAACCUGGACUUGGAUGAUUUGGGGACAGGAGGGACGAUACCCUGUGGAUGUGGGGCUGUGCCACUGUCCCGGGGAUUGGGGGUGGGAAAGGGCCAGGUUUUAACCCAAACACCUUCUUCCUCACCUAAGUGCAUGCAGUGGAAGGACAUGGAGGGAGACAGGGUGGCUGCAAGGUGUUCGGAUGCCGGUGGGAUGCCAUCGUGUCACUCUGCUCUGUGACACGUGGACCAUCCAUCCUGGCUUGAGGGCACUGUGUCCCCAGGAAAGAAGAAGGAAUGGGGGGAAAGGAGUGGGGAAAACCCAUUCAGCUAGAGCAAUAAAGGUGUGAACUGUC